CCCGCCCCUCCCCUUCUUCCUCCUCCCCUCGGCAGACUCCACCCCUUUCUCUCCUUCCACUUCUCCCCACCUGCACGCCGAGACCCCGACUCCCGGAGAAGCCGCCGUCUACGCCGCCGCCUGGUCUCGCAGAGCCGUCACCGCUGCGCGGGGGAGGGCGGGAAGGGGAGGCGAUGCUGGUGGGGAGAUAGGGGGCACAGAGAUACGAGGCUAUGGGGAGCUUCGCGGGAGAGGGCGAGUGGCUAGGCGGCGUGACAGGGCCGGACGCCGAGGUCGGGGCGCUCGUGUGGGUGCGCCGCCGCAACGGAUCCUGGUGGCCCGGCCGGAUCCUCGGCAUGGAUGAGCUGCCCGAGAACUGCGUCAUCCCGCCGCGCUCCGCCGGCACGCCCAUCAAACUCCUCGGCCGCCCUGACGGCAGCAUUGACUGGUAUAAUCUCGAGAAGUCUAAGCGUGUGAAGUCGUUUCGGUGCGGAGAAUACGAUGAAUGUAUAGAAAGAGCCAAGGUUCUAACUCGCCAGCAAAAGAGGACACAGAAUGAAGGGAGGUAUGUUCGCAGAGAGGACGCCAUUAUGCAUGCCCUUGAAAUUGAAAGGUCCCGUUUUCCAAAUAAAGAUGAUGAUUUUGAAGAGGAUAUCGACAAUGAUAUGUGUGCAGCCCAGAACAUCUAUUCCGCAAAAUCUAAAAACAUAAAUGGGCUCAACAAAAGAUCUUCUCGCACUGCAAGGGGUAUGUAUGAUAUUGAAGAAAAUUCAGCUCAAGGUUUGUCUCAAGCCCUUAUAGUGUAUAAACAGCCACAAAAUAUAUCCUCUUCAAGCACUAGAUAUGCAUCAUCAUCAAAGAAGAAACGGAAGGGACAAAAAGAUUUUGAGGAUGAUACAGUUCAAGGAUUCCAGCGAAUGAGAGACCUUAGGGAGAUUGGAACAAAGAAUGUUCCCAAACAGAAGCUCAGUGCUGGUAUCUUUUUAGAUGGGCAUCAGGAUGUACCUCUUCUUGAAAGUGGACGAAGCUUUGGCUAUACUUUUUAUACCAAUGGGAUAAAAAAGAGUAAGCAGUCUCAUUCAUCCAUAAAAAAGAAACGCUCCAAUAUUGGGCAAUCUUAUGAAAAUUCGAGGAAGAAAGAUAGGCGCCGUCCUAUAUCAAAGUUAUGCGAAGACUCAGAAGUGACCGUUCGUACAUAUUGUCACUGGGACCCUUCGGGGCAGUCUACUAGCCAGUACCCAGGAGACCAAAUGUCCAAUCUGUUUGAACCAAGUAGGGCAAAAUCUAUUCUUUCAACUGAUGUAAAUAACUGUUCCUACAGCUCAGGCACUUCAAGUUUGGAGGCCUUAUUAGAUACAUCACGCACCAAUCACAAAGGUGCUGCCAAGGCUAUUACAAUAAAGGAUGCUGAAGUCUCGUGCAAGACUAGAUUUCUCAAUGAUGUCAGCUCUGAUAGUGAUGAAUCUUUUGAUGCCCUUACUUCGGAGGGUAAUGUUCUGGAGGAAGACCAUUUGAAUACUUAUGGAUCUUGUACAUCCAUAAAGGAUCAAAUCUCAAAACCGAACAAUCAAACUACCGACUGUAGCAAAGUUAGCAUAUCUUCAAUUCGGCAUCAUAGAAGUUCCAAGAAGAAAAGCAUAAGCUCUGUCACUCCAAUACCUAAAGAAAGCCACAAGAGGGAUAAGAAUUCGCUGCUGCAGCAAUAUGAAGGGACAAUGAAAUUGGAGCCUACUGAACUUGAGAAUAAUAGGCGACUUGCAACGCCUGAGCAUGACGAGUCCUCUGAAACUAUAAGCAACCAUUCAAAUUCAGAGAAGGGCACAGCAUCAGUCCCAUAUUAUGUUCCACUUCAAGUACUACUUCCUGAACAGCAACCUGAUCUGAAACCUCCAAGAUGCCAUGUAGUGAGGCCAACCAAGAGAGCUCGUGCAGAUUAUAGAUUAUAUGAUGUUGAGCUGACUGUUCAAAGAAGCUACAAGGGCCAUCCCGUGCCCCUUGUUUCCCUCAUGAGUAAAUGGACAGGUAAACCCAUUGUGGGGUACCCUGCCACUGUGGAGGUUUUGGAGGACAGUCGUCCAGCAGCAAGUAGAGAUGUGCACCGCCCAGCAAUUGGCAGUCUUGACUCCUUACUAAAGAGUGGAACUGCAGAGCCACGGCAAGCAAGAUCUUCACAUAAAUCGCGAUCCAAAUCUAGUGAUCGUAAAAAGGUCUCGGAGCAUGAUUUGGAUAAGUCCUGGCGGCCCCAUACCAAGAAACCAGCAUCUUCACCGAGGAAAAUGCGGAGGCUCUCAUCUUUUGCCAGCAGUCGAAGGGAGGGCGCAAACAGGAAGCAUGUAGUCGCCGGGACUGGUGGACCUACUGUUGCGUGCGUUCCGCUUAGACUCGUCUUCAGUAGGAUCAAUGAAGCACUAAGCUUCCCAGUGAGACAAGAAAACCCCACCUGACGUGGCAGGCAGGCAGGCAGGCAGGCAGGAGAGCGCUAUGGUUUUGCUGAGACAGCAUGUGGGCAUCAUAUACAUUUGCUAGGUUUUCUUUGUACAUUAGUUUCCGUAUUAUUUGAAAGCUUAAUGCCUGGCAUGUUCAUAUCUUAAGUAUCAUGCCCUUCUAAUCAGUAAUUGCACUGUGCAAUUACUACUUAGCCUCCUUGAGAUUCUGGUGAAACAGUCAAUAGUGGGAAGAAAUAAGGGGCAUGAGUUGCUGUGCUUCCGCCUGAUCGUGGGAGAUAAUGGCAGCCCAGUUUGCUAUACAAUCUUAUAUAUGCCAGCAGCACCAGUUGUUUCAGAUAGGUUGCUGUAUAUGUAUAAUUGAUCGUUGCAGUGAUAGCUUAGGCUUCGAGCAAUUGCUUCCAA